AGUACUUCAAGUUUCAAGUUAACAGCACUCCCAUGGAUGUGUAGUCUGACAACAUGCUUUUUAAUUGCCUAACUUCGUGCUCAAGCAUUACGACGAAAUGAAACAAAAACUACAGGACAAAAAGGCUGAGGGCUCAAAGGCUCCACGAGAAGUCAAUGACAAACUCCAUGCGCUUAGAGGCGAACAUUUUCGGCAUGAACAGAACUCACGUCCUUCUCGCCCAUUGUCCGCUUACCACAAAAGUCGUGGACCUUCGCUUCCCUAUGAUUCCAUCUUUCCAUCGCCCCUAGCGAAAACUCCCUCCAUUCAGACUGUGGGACCAAUACCUCGCAGUUGGGUCACUGAAAGCCCUAACUCGGGCUUCAGUGGUAUCUUGAACAGCUCAGAAUGGCGUAUGGACGCCCUUGCCCUUGUCUUCUCGCAAGACCCCACGGCCCCUCUGCAUCGUAUGAACAAGGGCAGGGUUCCUGCGCUCACGAACCUAAGCUUACGCGUGCUGCUAGAGUACUAUGGCCCUGAAUCAGGCUCGUUCCCCGAGCUUGUUUCCAACCUCACUCCUCAUCACAGGCGCGAACUGUUGCGAUAUACUUCAAUAUACCAACCUCUGCCCUCUGCAUAUUUGGAUAUUCUACUCAAUCUGGAAGGUCAUACAAAUGGCGAAGUCAUUGUCGUUGGACCGCAGGCAUCUAUGCGCAGCGAUUUUCUUUGUGUCCGAGAAAAAGAGCAACCUUCAUCUGGUGCAGACAAACCUUCCAGCCAGUACAAUAACGGUGAUUCGGACAGCUGGGAUGGCGACAACGAUAGCUACGAGUCUCCUCCCAUUCAUAGUUUUAUCCUAAUAUCGGCAUCGCUCUCUGCAUCUGCACUAUUGACUCUUCCUCCCUCCCUCACCCACCUUGCGCUUAUUGGUCUUCCUUCUCCGAUCCCGAUUCACCGUCUGCCAAGGAAAUGCCCUUUGCUUGAAGUGUUGGACUUGUCUUAUAAUGUCUGGUUAGCUCCGACUGCUCAGGGCAACGCCAAUCUAUUAGAUGGAGUGAUCUGGAGUCGGUGGAGUCGAUUGCGAGUGUUGGGACUUCGAAGCUGCGGGAUCGCUCGGAAUGAUGCCUCACUGAAAAAAGUCAAUGCAGGACGAUGGGUAGACGCUGAGAUUACUGUGUAA